AUGGCUGUUGUCUUCGACGCGCUUCAGAAUGAUGCGGGCGAGCAGCACGUGGGGCUGAGCGUCAACGGCACAGAAGAACCCUUGGUCAAGGAGGUGUCACCGUACGCUCUAACCGACGGCAAUGCAUACACGGUGUGGGUGGAUUAUGAUCCUGGUGCUCCCAACAGCAUUCAAGUGUUCCUGGCAAACUCAUACGUGAAGCCAGUGGGGCCGCUGCUGCAGGGGAGGGUGUCGCUAUGUGCGGUGCUGCAGCCAGGAGUGAGGCAACCGGCGUUCUCGUUUGGCUUUGUGGCCUCCACCACUGUGAAGCCCUUCCAGCUGCAAGGCAUUUACUCCUCCGCUGUGCAAACAGGCAAGCACUCUAUGGCCUUAGUGCUUCUCUUUCUCAUUAUGUCUCUCUUCACAGGCGCUCCAUCACCCAAGCCAGUCCAGUUCAAUAAGCAAGCCCUCGGCCUCUCACUGUCUCGAGCCAGUCCCUUUUCGCGCUAUGUGAGUGCGGACUUUAAGCUGUCGGCCACCAGAGCGGACUCGUGGAGCAUCCGUGACUUCCACACGUGGGACUCCGUGCCCUUCCUCAACUGGCCUGUCAAGAACCAAAACGACUGCAAUGCGUGCUGGGCGUAUUCGGUGGUGGCGAGUGUGGAGGCGGCAUACGGCAUUGCAAAGCAGCAGAGCGCUCCCCGGCUUGCAGUGGAGGCGCUCUUCACCCUCAUGGGCCUCUCCGACUCCGACAAGUGCUCCGCUGGCGGCUCCCCCACCCACGCCCUUGAGACGCUCACAGCUCUCGAUGCCUCCAGUGGGCUCACAGGGGAGAGGGACCCGGCAACAAGGUACCCAGUGCAGGCGUUUGAGCGAGCGCAGUUCAAGGGGUAUGUGGGGCUCAUGCUGGCAGUGCAGCGGCAGCCAGUGGUGGUUCACAUCGAGGCGUCUCCAACCUUCAUGCAGUAUGAUGGGGAUCCUGGUUGCUACACGGGCAGUCUCAACCAUGUUGUACUCGUUAUUGGCUACUUCAUUACAAGAAAUGAUGGCAGCCAGAACCGCAUUGCUCCUCCGUUUGGGAUAAUCCGCAACUCGUGGGGAGAGGAUUGGGGCAACAGGGGCCACAUGCGCAUGGACAUUCAGGGAGGGGAUGGCGUGUGUGGCAUCAACGUGCUGCCUGGCAUCUACCCCAUUGUCAAGAGUAAGGCAUCUACCCCAUAG